AUGACCCCAACAACCUCCGAACAUCACCAGAACACACCAAGUCUCGACGAGGGCUUCCUAAACAUGCCUUCUCCCUUCUGCGAGGAUUUCUCGCUUCCACCCUCCUCCUUGACAUCCAAAACUCCCGUCGUAAACCCAGGAAGUAAGCUCACAUCCUACCUUGCCUCCUUUCUACACCGCUUCACCUAUAAUCAUCUCUCCAACCCACACUCCAACGAUGAGGACAAGGAUAUCGACAACGAAAGCCAAGGCUACGAGCGCAAACCGCGCCGCCGUCACAUCCAUUGGGCCGACACUCCCUUGCCUCCCUCGCCUCCCUACACCAACUGGGUACUUAUAGUAUCCUUACUACUCCUACUCUCCGUCACAGUCAAUGCAUUCCUGCUAUUCGAAGGACGUGAAAGGCAUUACGCUACCGUGCCGCACGACGCAUUCCAGAUCAAGGAACUGGGUCGGAACUACACGUGCUUUCACAGGCAGAAGACGGACUUCUACAGAGUGGACAGGUACGAAAGGUUAGAUGGCAUGUAUGACCACUACUGGCGAGAUCUGCUCGGUGGGAGUGAUGGGUACGUGUACACGAUGUCGGACGGUGGGGUGAAGGAGGCUCGGCUUGGGAUGUUCCAUCAGCUUGAGUGCUUGUACCAGAUGAGGAAGGCGAUGCGGGAGUCUGGAAGGGGAGGUGGGGAUGAAAAGGGCAAAGGAAAGAGGAAGGAUUUUGUAGUAGUUGAUCACGAUGGGGUGGAGACCGCACGGGGUUGGGAGCAUUGCUUCGAUUACCUGAGGCAGGUGGUUUUGUGUGGUGCGGAUGAUACAGUUGAGUUUAGCGAUGGAGUCGGGAAAGGGGCUUGGGAUAGCUUUGGGUAUGGGAGAAGGCAGUGCAGGGAUCCGAAGUGGCUGUUCGACGUCACAAAGUGCGGUCGACGUGGAUGCAAAGGCAGCCCGUUCUACCACGAGUAA